CACAGGGCAACAUUAACAAAUCAUUUUGUAGUCUUUCUUAUUAAGGAUCACUGGUUUUACCAUGGAGCUGAAUCUGAAUCUAAAGACAGUGCUGAUUACGAUGAUGAUGUUCAAAUGGGGAAUACUCUGCACAGCCACGUUAGACAAAUGUUUGUCUGCACCCUGCCAGAAUGGAGCUACCUGUGUGGACACCAUGGAUGACUACGCCUGUAUCUGUGCCAAAGAAGGGGUCCAAUACAUGGGCAAAAACUGUGAUGAAUUCUAUGAUGCCUGCUCCUUCGCACCAUGUGAAGUCUGUUCCAGCACCCCUGGGACCAGAGAGUACCAUUGUAUCUGCCCAGAAGGACUUACGGGUGAUAACUGCACAGAGGAGGUGGACGAGUGUCAGAGCAACCCCUGCUCUAAACCCCGUUCAAUGUGUAUAGACCAGGUGAAUGGUUACUUCUGCAGAUGUCCUGCUGGGUUAGGAGGACAGGUCUGCAAAACUAGAGUAACUGACUGCAUCGAUGAACCCUGCAGGAACAAUGGGACUUGUGUAUAUCAAGCAGCAGGCUUCGAAUGCCAUUGUUCACCAGGGUUCAAGGGGAAGACUUGCGAGGACAAUGUGAAUGAGUGUCUAUCAGAGCCUUGUCAGAAUGGAGCCAUUUGUAUAGACGGGGUGGCAGAGUUCCACUGCUUCUGCGUGCCUGGUUUUCAGGGCUACAAGUGUGAAAUAGACAUCAACGAGUGUGCUUCACGACCCUGUGAGAACAAUGCCACCUGUAUCAAUGAGAAGGACCACUAUAAGUGUGAUUGUCUGGCCGGCUUUGCAGGAGUUAACUGUGACAUUGAAAUAGACGAGUGUGAGUCCAGUGCCUGCCGCAAUGGAGCCACCUGCCAUGACCUGAUCGGAAUGUACUCAUGUGAAUGUCUGCCUGGGUUUGAUGGCAUCGACUGUGAGGUUGAUGUGGAGGAGUGUGCCAGUGACCCCUGUCAGAAUGGAGCUGUCUGUCAUGACAUGGUGAACAACUAUGAAUGUGACUGCAGUGAUACAGGAUUCCAUGGUUAUCACUGUGAAGUGGACAUCCUUGAAUGUGCCUCUGAUCCCUGCCAGCAUGGUGCCACAUGUCUAGAGGGAGUCAAAGGAUACACCUGCCUCUGCUGGUCAGGUUAUGAAGGACCCAACUGUGAGAAUGACAUUGAUGAGUGUACAGAGCAGCCUUGUGAGAAUGGUGGAGAGUGUUUUGAGCGUUCAGAUCUGUCUCACUGGGAGAUGGAGUGGGAGUUCAGCUUUGCAGAUGCAGCUGGAUAUAUUUGUCAGUGUCAGUCUGGGUUUGCAGGAGAGAACUGCUCUGUGAACAUUGAUGAGUGUGAGUCUGAACCCUGUCAGAAUGGAGGCACUUGUGAGGAUAAGAUCAAUGGCUACAUCUGUACCUGCAGAGCUGGAUUUCUAGGUGAGCUGUGUGACAUGGACAUUGAUGAAUGUGCGAGCCAACCCUGUCAGAAUGGUGGCUUGUGUGAAGAUAGCAGAGCGUCCUACAUCUGCCACUGUCCUGAGGCAGAGCCAGAUGAACUUCCUUGGGGAGGAUUUCACUGUGAUGUGAGACUCCAUGGCUGUGUGGACCAUGAAUGCCAGAAUGGAGCCACCUGUCAUCCAUGGCUGGAGAGUGGAGAACACAAUCACACAUGCUUGUGCCCUCAUGGCUUCUAUGAUGAGCAGUGCUCCACAAGUACAACAUUCUCCUUCUCCUCUCCAGGAUUCAUUCACAUUCAGGUUGCUCUAAAAGAAAGGAGCCGAAGGGAAGUUGAGCACCAUGUUAAUAAGGGUUUCGAGGUAAAGCUACGUUUUAGGACCACUCUACCCAAUAUGUUGCUCAUCUACAGAGGGGAUGUGGACAACCACUUUAUCCUAGAGAUUGUGAAUGGUGGUCUUAGUGUGAAAGCUUUUUCUGAAGAAUCUGAUCUUGAUGUAACAUUUCCAGGCUUGGUAAAUGACGGGGCCUGGUGGAAUGCUCAUGUUCUUCUAGAUAAUCAAGGUCUAAUGUCUAUUAUAAAAGGCCCUGGAUGUGACAGUGAUGGGUGUAGGGUUAUGGAUGUUAGCACAAAUGAAUUACUUUUCCAGCCCUCUGAAGCCUUCACUAACAUAUAUAUAGGUGGCGCACCAAAGGAGCUUUUGGAGGGCUCUGCAAGUGAAGUGGGAUUCAUUGGAUGUAUAGAAGACUUAAUGAUAGAUUUCAACCUUAUCCUACCCCAAACACUACCAGAGGACCAAGGCCACGAGCUGGGCUGCAAUAAGAAUGAAUGGUGUAAGCCUGAUCCCUGCUAUGGGCAUGGACGUUGUUUGGACCUGUGGACCAGCUACCAGUGUGAGUGUUACCGUCCCUUCCACAGUGAGAGCUGCUCUAAAGAAUUCCCUUCGUGGACAUAUGGCCAUGAGGAAACAGUGAGUUUCAGUGCCUACAACGUUAGUAAGACCCUUGGAAACAACUUCAAUGUGUCCUUUUUCCUGAGGUCAUUAAAGCCAGAUGGACUGCUGUUCCAGCUGAGGAGACCUUCAGAGGAAGAGGGGGAGGAGGUCUACUUCUCAAUCCAUCUAGGGAUGGGGAGAGUUCUGGUUAGCUCUCUGCCUAACAGUGUCCCACUGACAGCGCCAGUAUUUGUGACCACUGGUGAGAGGGAAUUUUUGCAGGUGGAAGUCCAACAUAGACAAGUCAUCUUUGAGUAUGCAGGCCUUCGCUAUGGAAUAGGAGAUAUUCCUGAAGUGAAUAUUAACAGUGGAGAUCAGGCCUAUGUCGGAGGACUUCCAGGACACUUUCACUCGGAUAUAUGGGGGGGCUAUUACAAAGGUUGCCUGCAGGACCUUCGUUUAGCCUCAGUGUAUCUGGAUGCAGAUGCCUGGAACAUUUGGGAUGAAGAGAAAGUGCUUUUACCAAGUGAUUCUGAAAAUGCAAAGAAGGGGUGUGUCAGUGAUGAUACUUGCAAGAUGAAGCCUUGUCAAAAUGGAGGAGAAUGCACCAUCACAUUCAAUGAUUUUAAAUGCUCCUGUCUGGCGGAAUACACCGGAAAGACCUGCAAAAAACGUGUUUGGUGUAUAAGCGGUCCUUGUGUCAAUGGUGGCCAUUGUGUGGACCUCCCUGAUGGAUAUGAAUGUCUACACAAUGCCACAUUUGAGAACAAUCCUGUGCAAUACAGCGCUGAAAGCUCCCUGGCUGAACCUGUCUCUAAUAUAUACAUAGAGCUUCGGACUCGAUCAGAGAAUGCUUUGCUUCUGAGGGCCUUUUGGGGCUCCGACCUGUUUAUAGUGGGUCUUCUGAACUCCUCAGUACGAGUAGAAAUCCACAUUGGCAACAGUGUUGAGACACUGAACUUUAAAGGAGUUCGCAGAGUGGCUGACGGGAGCUGGCAUCGUCUGAACAUCUCAAUGGCGGAGAAGGAGCGCAAACCCUCUCCCUGGUUCAUCACUGUGGAUGGAAUUAUAGACACCAACAGCUUGCCGGAGCGCACAAAAAGUUUGCAAUUUAUCAAUCAGAAGGGAGCCAUGCUGGUGAUUGCAGAGAGCUUUGCUGGCUGCUUGGGUACAGUUAGAGUUGGUGGAGUCCACCUUCCUUUUACUGAUAACUAUAAUGCCCCACAGCAAUCCCAGUUCCAUUUCAUUGGGAAACCAACACUUAAUUUAGGCUGUUCUAGUAGCCCUGUUUGUGAUUCAAGUCCUUGUCUAAAUGGAGCCACAUGUGAGGACCUCUUCGAUAAAUUUGGCUGCGUGUGUGACUCUGGCUGGGAGGGACAUCAGUGUGAGACUGACACUGAUGACUGUGCAUCUCAGCCCUGUGUUCAUGGAACCUGCAAGGACUACUUAACUGGUUUUGAGUGCAAUUGCCACCAAGGAUAUACUGGCAAACUCUGUGAUGAGGAUCUCAAUGAUUGUGAACAUCACGCUUGUGAACACGGAGGCACCUGUCAGGACGGACCCAAUAUGUACACCUGUAUAUGUCCCAAAGACUACAAUGGUCCUCUCUGCCAGUGGGACUAUCCCCCAUUACAGUGUGGUGAAGAUGUUCAGUGUGAAAAUGAUGGGAUCUGCAGUGAUGGGCUUUGGGGAGCUAACUGUACAUGCAUGCCUGGUUUUACAGGCGCCAGUUGUGAAACAGAGCUUGAUGAAUGUGAGUCAAAUCCUUGUCGAAACGGUGGAUCCUGUUUGAAUCGGUUCAACAUGUUUGUGUGCGAGUGCCCCCCUGGCUACAGUGGUCAAGUGUGCGACACUAGCAAACAAGCUCACAAAGAAGGCAUCUCCUGGCUGGUGGUAGCUAUUCCGCUGCUCUGUUUCUCUGUUCUGACACUGACCAUCAGCUUGACCUUCAUGGUGCUCACGGCCAGAAAGAAACGCCAGUCGGAGGGUGUAUACAGCCCCAGUGCUCAGGAGCUGGCAGGUGCCCGGCUUGAGAUGGACAGUAUGCUCAAAGUGCCGCCAGAGGAAAGACUCAUCUGACAAAAAGGCUGAGAAACCAAGGGUGUUAGAGGCGAUACUAGCACCAUGAGUUGGUGUGCUGGAUAAAAUGAAACUUUUAUUGAAUACCUAGGCUGGUGUGAAGGACAGAUAUUGUAGGAUAAUGUCCCCUUUGUAUGGCGAAACAUUGGUAAAGAUCAAUUAAUGACAAGUAUUGCUCCUCUGUCAUUAACUUGAAACAGGCUGGCCCCAAUAAUGUUCAAACAUUUUAAUUGAAAUUUUCUAUUUGAACUCUGUGUGGAGGAUAUUUUUAAGAAAUACUGUUGUACUUAGCAGACAUUGGGCCUCAUCAUUCACCUAAUUUCUUCUUUAAACCCACCUUUGCAGAUUUGAAAAAGAUCCUGACACUCACUGUGUGUAAAUAUAAGUACGAGUUAUAACACAUGGACAUGUUGAAGAGGCGAGUAUGUAAGUGAAUUCCUAUGUAUCUUUUUAUAGCCACUGCUGACAUGACUUAAUAUAACAGCUUUUAAUGGUUUAAAACCGGUGGUCCACCGUCUUUAAAUAUUUGUGAAUGCAUUCCUGACACUUUAAACUUUCUUUUCAGAUUGUUUGGUUUUUGUGUGUGCACACAGCAGCGCAACCUCAUGCCCUAUUAUUGCCAUCAGCACGGUGUUGACCUAUUCUAAUAAGAAUUACAGGCAUACGCCUUCAAUUGACAAAUACAAUCGCUUUCAUCAAUAUAAGAUCAGAGGUGUGAAAAAUUCAGCCGUUUAUGAACACGUCAUGAAUCUGAUGUAGAAUUUUCUUUGGAACAUUCUUAAGAACAAAUGUCAGAAAUAAAAAAAAUAUAUCGGUAAAUGUGGCCCAAUGUUUCUUUCAGAGAGAUAAGAAUACUUAUGAUUGUAUUCUAACGCAAAGCGUAGUAGACACAAACAUGUACUUCAGUGCAUAACUUUAAUGCCACGUCAAAAAUUUGAAAAUAAGAUCGGAACAGGAACCUUAGAUGUAAAAUUUGUAUCAUGUGUUUCUCAUGGCAUUUUCAACUUGCAGUUUUGACUGGAGCUCUUUUAAACACCUAAUCUUCUAAUGGCCCCUUCCUCUGCAGUGGAUUAACCACAUCAACUGGGGAACUGGCUCUAUCAAACGUUUACCUUCAUUAAACCAACUCCUUAUAUCCACAAAACAGUAAUGGAUGGAUAUUGCAUUUAUUUGGAUUCUGGUUUUCAGAUUUUCCUGAAACUGGGUAAAAAUUUGGAAACUUGACUAUUUACCAGUGGGGUGCUGUCAAGGCAUGCAAGGUAGGCAGUGCUUAACUGCUAGAGAUCAGUUGAAAAAUUAAAAUGUAAGCAAAACUUUAUUUGAUCAAGAACUGUUAUCAACAGCAAUUUGUCCCAUACAGAUUUUUUUUAAAUACAAUCCAUAAAUGCAUAUUUAAAAUGUCAAACAAUUUUUUUUAAAAUUUGAUUUAAGAAGUAGUUUUGUUACUAGCAACAAAAUCUUGAACAGCUGUUUUUGGCUCUACGGUUUGUAUUUACUGAAUCUUAUUUAUGUUUUUCUGAGUAUUAACUGUUGUUGGGUUUCGAGAAUUAUUCUUAACAGCCCACAUGCACAAAGUGAGCAAAGAUGUUUGACAUGUGAUGUGUGCAAUAAAUCCCUGAAAUCCCUUCAUCCUGAAAUGGCUCUCAACUUCAAGUGUUGAUAUAGUUCAAUUAAAUAUUUCAGUAUUUGAUGGAAUCACAAUGCACAAUAUCUGAAAGCACUUUACAUAAUAAGGUUAAGAUAAUAUUAUAUAGUAAACAAACAGUUCACAUAACAAGCAAGUAUAACUGAGUGUGGAGGGAAACAAACCUUUAACAGGAAGAGACCUCUACCAGAACCAGAAUAAAUGUGGGCAGAGAGAAAUAAACUAUUUGGAUUAUAUAGUACAGACCAUUUACCAUUUUAUAUGGUGAAUUUGGGUAAUCUAGGAAAUUUUAACUCCA